AAAAUGGCGGAGAGUCAUUGACGACCAUCAUUACUAUUCUGUGACCACUUGCUGCUUGAUAAGUGUAAGCAUAUAUUUGAGCCGUUAAUUUAAUAAAUUAUGAGCUUUGCUUAUGCCUUGAUUAUUUAUUGUGCAUGCAUAGAUACUUCAAAUAUCCUUUGCUUUGUGAUUAUAGUUAAAAUAAGUUAUUAUUAUUUCUAACAACUAUGAGUAUGACUUUGCUAUACUUAGUAAUAGUAUGAGUAUGAGUAUGAGGAUGAUUUGAUUGCUAACUUAAAUUUAUCUAUUAGUACUAUUAGUAUUACUAACCGAAAGUCUAAAAGUUAAAGUUUAAAGUCAGCUCUAAUAAUUUUAAAAUGUAGCCUAAGAAUAGUAUUUGCAAGAAAGACGUGCCAAAAGUCUAAAUAAAAAUAUAAAAAGUCAAGUGACUUUUAAAUCAGUUUUUUAACAUUAACUUUGAGUAGAUUUAUUUCAAUUUCUUCAGUUUAUUGGUCUAAAUUCUAAUACCUUUUACUUUAAGAAUAUAUUUUAGUAUUUUAGUUAGGGAUAUCAAUUAAUAUUAUAAAUCAAAAUGAUUCGAUUUCAAUUUAGUUUUAGUCCCAAGAUUAUGGCAUGGCUGUGACUGUGACAUUUUAGUAAUUUCCAAAAAGUUAAAAAUUCAAAUAAUUUAAUUUUUAGAGCUUAUUUUAGGCCUUAUUAUGAGGUUUUGCUCCACCCUUUUGUAUGUUUCUUAGUUCUUAGUCUUAUAGCUUCAACCUGAAUGCAAUCUCUUACAAAUAAAACAGAAUACCUAAACCUGUGAAUUCAAUAAGUCAGUCUGAUCUAUAAUUUGCUUCAAAUAGUUCAAAAUCAAAGCAACAAAAAUAUUAAUGCUCUGUUUAAAAACUAAUUUCAUUAUUAAUAAUUAAACAACAUGUUUAAAUUUGUGCUAGAACUAGAAUAACAGCCUCUUUUGCAUUUUGAACUUAUAUAUUAUUCAGAGCUUUGGUUUAAAAUUCAAAUAUAUAAUUUUUUUUAGGCUGUAGAUCUUUGUAAAUGGUCAUGGUUAUAGAAUGAUUCAACAAGGAUUUGUUCAUGGCAGUAAUACUACUAGCAGUAUACUUGAACUGUCCACAAUGAGCAACACAGUGCCACCAUUAAACACACUACCUCAUUGGUCUCGUAAUAAUGCACUUGAUAAGGUAAUAAGAAUAUUUUAUUAAAUAAAACAUAAGAGUGGUGAACAUGUAUAAUAAUUGUACCUGGUAUAUAAAAAAAUUAAUUUCACAUAAAACAAUGUGUUUUGGAACACUUGAAGAGCAUUAACUCAUGCCUUAACUAUUUUGCCAUCAAAAGCAUAUUUUUGUGGUUUUGAAAAGCUCUGCUUUCCUUGUACCGAUACCCUAAUUCAACCCACCAUGGAAUAGUUAACACAUUUUGAUUUGGAAGUUUCAUGUAACAAAUAGUUUGUUUUAAAAAAUUGCAAUAUUCAAAAACAUUUGCAAGUAGUUCAUUCAAGCAGACAUAUUUUAAAUAAUUAAUUUAAUUUUUAAUCAUGAAUUAACAAAUUUAAUACUUUUAUCCUAGGUUCAUUAUCCAAAACGUUUUUUGAAAGAUCCGAAGUCAACUAUAAAUUAUAGUGGACUAAAAGAAGGCUAUGGAGAUGAUGAUAUCCUUACUGGAAAUGAAAUGAACCCUGCACAAAGAAUUCAGUAUCUUGAGCGAAGCAUUGUAUUUUUAAGACAGCAGCAUGCCGAGUUACUACAAUCUCUACAUGAAGAAGUUGAACUGCUUAAAAAAGAGAACAAAGGUUGGUAAAAAUAAGACAAUUUUUAAAAAUUGUUAAAAUGUACAAGUUAACAAAAAAAUACCAAGACCUGAGAAUUCAAUAAGUCAGUCUGAUCUAAAAUUUGCUUCAAGGCAACAAAAGUAUUAAUGCUUUGUUUAAAAUCUAAUGUCAUUAUUAAUAACUAACUAUUAAUAUUAAGAAAUUAAUUUUUCAAAGGUUAUAGUUUUUAAAAUGUAAUAGUUUUAUGCUGUUUAUUUUGAAAUAGAAAGGUUAGAACUUAUGCAGCAAUAACAAUUUUGUUAUUUUAUUUUUACAGAUUUACAGUUUAAAAUUGUGAUGGGCCAAAGAAGCCGCUCUCUGAAAGAAGGAGAGGACAUAAGCAUGAAUGAAUCAGGUAAAUUGACAAAUGCUUUAAAUUUUUGCUCACUUCAACUUUUAAAUGCAACUAAUGUGAUAGAAUUUAAUGUUUCUUUGUUAUACAGUAUCUAUUCUUUUUAAAAUCACAUUUUUUAUUUUAAACUCUGACACAAUAUUAUUUUUAACACUAUCUGAUGGCUAGUUUCAUUAUUUUUACCCAGUUGAAAAAGUAACAGGCAUCAUUUUUCUCUUCUACUUCUAGGCAUGCCCCCAACAAAAAUCCCCAUGUCAAAGCUAUUAGAAAACCCAGAUAAAUCCAGAGGUAUGUAUUUACAUUAGAAAAAUAUAUAAGACAGCUGUAGUCUUCUUUGUUCUUUGCCUCUCAAGACAAAAUAAAACAGGCUAACACUGAAUUGCAUAUUAAAAUUGUAUAUACACUAAGCAAUCUUAACAUUUUAUUCACUGUAUCAGUUAUUGAUAUGCAUUGGACUUUUCAACAUCAAUUAAGUUUUAAUUAAAGUGCAUUUCAACUUCAAGCCAUUUUUUGCUUUUAUUGUAUGCUUUACUGAAAACACAACUUUUCUCCCUUCAGCCAAAACAGAGGAGAUGAAAAUUUUGUUCUUAGAAGAGGAGGUGAAAGAACUCAAACAUGCCCUCAGGGAAACAAGAAAUAAAAAUCAAUAUUUGACACAACUACUGGAACAGGCAGAAAAACAAAAGGAGAAGGAGUAAGAUUGAACUAUUAGAGCUUUUAUAAAAUACAUGAAAAUGCAUUAUGUUGAGGCAUACAAAAUUAGUCAGGAAUAAUUUAAUCCACUAUUUUGAUCAAUUCAAAACACUGCAGUGGAUUCCAAGGAUUUUACUGAACAUAUUUAAUCUAAUUAACAUAUCUGAAAUUUUUAAAUAUGUUAUUUAAUAAUUUUAGUUUUAUAAUUAUUUAUAUAUUUAUCGAAAAAUACCUUAAUCAUAUGGCUAAUGUAGAAUACAAAUAAAUAUGUGAUAGAAACAUUAGCAAUUACAGUUACACCAUAAACAGUACAUCAACAUUUAUAAUUUCAAUUAUCUCCAUUUGUCAGUCUUAUAAGGGGAGAAAGUUAAACUAAAUGUAACAUUUUUGAGGUGUGACUAUUUUUUAAAAAAACACAUCAGAUGAACAAAUAGGAGGGAAAUAAUAUUUUCCAGAAAUCUCAUUAUUAAAAUAAUUUUGAAUAAAUUUGUGUAGUCAAUUUAUUCCUUCAUAUCCUCUGCAUCAUUUUUUUUAUAUCAACCACUUAUUCAACAUAAUACAGAAAAGGUUCAAUUGAUCAUGUGAAAUAUGAGGGAAAUCCUGGACAGACAAAUUUUAAUUCAGGCCAGUCAGAUGUUGCUGGCAUGCCUGGAGUCACCAGUGGACAAUAUACAAGCUUGAGCCAGUGCCAUGUUAUCAUUAAACAUUUGCAGCAAGUCAAUGCCAAACAAGGUCAUGAGGUUGGUAGAUGUAGAUGAAGUUUGUAAGCAAAGAGGAGUUCUAAAAUCUGAAUAAGUGAACUAAAAGAGUCCUCUUUCAAUCUACUCAAACACUGCUGUGAAGUACGUUGCCCACAGAAUCAACUCCUGUGAACCACAUCUCAACACCAAAUCAACUUAUUAUCCUCUCAAUCUCACAUGCCUUAUGUUCACACCCUGGUUUAUUAUCCUUCUUCAUGUCAUCCAAUCCCCAUCAGCCACAAUAAUACCCCUAGCACUCCAAACUCAGGAUGAUAACAGCGUCACCUUAACAACAAUGAUUCUCAUACCCUUAACAUGCUGUUAUUCUUUUGUUCUAAGAUUUUUACUUACAUGAAGCUUUUUAUCAGCUUUCCAAUCUAAUCUUGCAAAUCUAUUUCAAUAGUUGGAUCGACUUAAACUUGAUCUCCGUGAUGUUCUGUAUUCACACAAGUGGACACCAGAUGCUUUUUUAAUGGCUAAGGCUUACAUCGCCGAAGAUGACAGGAAAGAAGAUGAAAAGGGAACAAGUCUUCCACGUAUCCCUUUGAGAAAUCCUUCAAAGAAAAUGUAGGAUUUUCUUUUUUAUCAAAAUUUAAAUAGAGGGUUUGCAUUAUGUAAUGCUGGGGGGGGGGGGUGCCACAACCAGGGGGCCACGUGUAUCCCAGCAAGUGAAAUGCCAGCCGAUUCACAUUUUUUUUUUAAAGGGAACAAGUCUUUCUCGUAUCCCUUUGAGAAAUCCUUCAAAGAAAAUGUAGGAUUUUUUUUUUUAUCAAAAUUUAAAUAGAGGGUUUGCAUUAUGUAAUGCUGGGGGGGGGGGUGCCACAACCAGUGGGCCACGUGUAUCCCAGCAAGUUAAAUGCCAGACGAUUCACAUUUUUUUUUUCAGAUGAUUGUACUUCUUUUCAUUCUUGUUGAAGCAACACAUUAGAAAUCAAUGAGCUAUAGUUUUAUUUUAAAUACAGUUUUAUCUUAAUUAAAUUCUAUACAAUUAUGUAUGUCCUUGUGCAGCAUGUGUAGAGGUUUUCUCAGAUUAGAAAUAAGAAUUUAUUAAUAAAUCGGAAGAUUGUUUUGUUUAAUGUUUAUUUUAUCUAUACUAUUAGUGUAAUGAAAUGUGGCCCAUGAAGAACGAGCUUUCGAUCAAACUGGCCUUUUAUGCCAUUUGGCCUGUUGUAAUACUCGUAAAAGGAUGAUUUUUUAAACAUUUCUUCACCAUUAAGAAAUCAAGUACAAUAUACUUUUAUUCUUGGGGUAAAAAUUGCCUGGCUUGAGGAUUAUUUUUGUUUGUAUAUUUUUUUUAGGCCAAUGCUUGAGUAAAAGUAACAGUAUGAUUUAUGAAUACAAGAUAAAUGUAAUGGAAAUAUGCUAAUAUAAAGCCUCAGUAGCUGGGUUGUCAGCCAGUGGCGGGAGAUUAAAAUAGUGCUCAAAUAUUUUUUUAUGUUGAAGAAAUUAUAUUUUAUGAACAUUAUUCAUUCAGACAUUAAGUCUCCAUGAUUCUGGAUAUCAGUAAUAUCCUACACAAAUUCAACAAAAAAUCAUUUACAAGUAUGAAGUAAUUAAAAUUAAAGUCUCUUUUAAAGAAUGCAGAAUCGCGUCUUAAUUCUUUGUCGGUUUUUUUCUCUCACUCAAACUCACAUGCAACUCGCUGUACAUUGAAUGUUUCCAAUACCUAAUGAGCCAUAGACAAUGUUAAUAUAACUUGAUUUUGAUUUGAUUAAAUACUUGUAUAGCGCUAAGUAUCCAUGCCAAUUUAGCAUGCUCACUGCGCUCUCAGGGAUGGCAUCCGGGGCGUCGCAGGGGUUGUCGGAAUGAUUCAUUGUUUCGAUGUUUGCCGCCUGUAGGGGACGCCAUCUCCGGGUUUGAAUUUAGAGUUUCCUUCUCUUAGAUGAGUUGCCGACCAAGGUUAACGAGUCCCAUCUACUGCGUUCUGGGAACAUUCUGCUAUAAACAUUUUAAAUUUUUUACUUGUUAUUAAUACUGUAAUAGAUGUUAUAAAUAAGAAAACAAGAAUCAUAAGAAUACCAAAUAUAACCGAUUAUUUUAGGUAUUAAAUUUAAAUGAAGUGGGGUCAAAAGUAUAUUAAAUUAAAUAGAUGUUUUGGAACCUCUUGUUUAAUUGGUUAAUGUUUUUCUUGCGCUAUUUACAGCCCAGAGAUGGCAUAUGUAAAAGAAAACAUCAGCCUACCUGCCCUUCACUUGACAGUGGGCAAUAGGGCAGUGGAGAGGAAAAAAAGAACACAGGUUUUACAGAGAGCUAAACUUCAACCUGGGUCUCUACCUCCCUGAACUUGUAAGGAUUAGGUGUGUUUUUGUUGAAUGUUCAAUUCUGAAAGUUAUUUUUAUGCCAGGUUUUCAUGGUAUCUGCAACUUAACUAUGGUUAUAAUUGCCAAACCGGCCAAAAUACAUAGAUUUUAUUGUGUCAUGUUAAUUUAUGUAAUUGUAAUAUUUCAUAAUUAGACUUAUGGUACCUAAAUUUAAAGAAAAAUAUUUCAAUUAGUUACUCUUACAUAAAACCAAUAAAUUAAUUUUGUUAACUUUAAAUUUAUGAUUAAUUUUUUAAAUCAGGAAGCUCAAUUUUUAUUUAAAUGUGAUCCUCAUUCACUUAAUGUGGACUACUCUGCUUCUGUAUAAGAAAGGGUGAAUGCUGUAAGGCAUUAUCAUAAAAGGGCAAUUGCUAACAGAAAUUAUUUGCUUGAUUCCUGCUAAAUCAUACUGAAUUUUUUGACAAGUACCAGCAUAUUAUAGUUUAUAGCUGACUGAAAGUGAAACUAGCCUACCACAUUUAUUGGUUACUAGGGCAGUAGCUUGGCUCAAAGUUACUAUUUUUGACACAGGUUAUUUUUUUUUAACUGUUGGAUAAUCUUCUGAAUUAUUACAUCAUGCCUAAGUUACAGAGAAAAAAGUUUUAGUAAAAUUCAUAUAUUUUAACCAACUUAUCCAUGACAUGGUUUCUGUCUGCAUAUAUUUUAUGCUGCUUAAUUGUUAAGGGUAGUGAUUUCAAGUGAAAUUAAAUAGACCCAUGCUUACAUUUUUUUUAAAAACCCACAGAUUUAAAGAAGACUUUUCCACAAAUAGGGUUCUUCAUUAACAUCCCCUAUAUUGAUUUGGCCCAAAAAGUUAUAAGCUGCCAAUGUGAUUAAAUGUAAAGUUACAAUUACAUUGAUGGACUAUCUAAACUAUAGAUUAAUUGAGCUGUAACAUGAGUUGCAAAGUUUGUAUUAGGCUGUUACCUAUGUGAUUAAAAAAAUAAUAAUAUAAUUAAUUUUAAAUUCUCUCCAAUUUAGUUUAUUGAUAUUGUUUACAAAUUUCCAUGAAAAUAAACAAUAUAAAUAUUCUCUAAUUCAAACAUUGAUCAGGCAGUAAAUACUUUUUUAAAAUUGAUAAUUUUUGCUCUAUAGCUUGUCAACAGUUUUUUUAUUUAUUUUUUUUAAUUUUAUGAACUGCUUGAAGUUGAAGGAUUGAUGUGAAUACGGUUAUGGUUUUAAGAUAGAGAUUAAGUACAUUAUUUACACUGCACGUCUGAUUUGGUUUUGUGUAUUUACACAGCGAUAUGACACAUUUGUUGUUUUGUUUUUAAAGAUUGACAAGGGGUCUCUAUAAAAUUGCUUUACAUAAUCAAGGACCAAUCAUAUUGACUAUUAUUGAAUUUUUCAGAAUAAAUUACAGUUUAUUUUGUGCCCAACUGGGUUAGGGCCAAAAAAAUUAUCUUUAUUUUUAUGACUCAUUGAGUUUUGUUUAUCAGAAAUGAAUGUAUGAGAAACUUUAAUUUACAAUAUAUCAAUGCAUUCAUCACCUCCUAUUAAUUUCUUGUGAAAUCAUUGUCUCAAAAUUGAAAUGCAAAGAAACCUGCUAACUGGAAGUCAAAAAAUUUACCUACAGGCUACUGGAAACAGAUGUUUCACUAAAGCUGGGCAAGCUGUUUUUUUUUUUUUAAAACUUACAUUUUAAUGCAUAAGACUCAAUAAUCAUAAAUUACUUUCUUUGUUGUUAAGCACUUUGCUGGCACUGUGGUGUGACAAGAAGAGUAAGAAAACUUGAUUAUCUCCUUUUCGCAUCUCUAGAGAUAACAUAAUAAAAGAGAACUGCAACUGCCGAUGUCUUCAAAAUACAACUAAAAACACCUGGCUUGUUUGCUGAAAUGGCCAGCAACAACUUCAAUAAGCAGUUGUGUCAAAUAAUUAUCCACAAAUG